AUGAAUAAAAUACCAUUGAUUGAUGUAAAGAGUAAGAUGAAUAUGCAUCAUUUGAGCGAGAAGGAAUCCUAAAACAGUUCAGCUCAUAACAGUCGAAAGCCAGUAGAAACAGAAUCUGAACACAUUUCGGGAAGCAUAGAUGAUUCCGAGAAUAGUGGCAUUCAUAAUGACUCACCAUUAUUCUCCCCUACAAGUCUUAGAAGAAAUGAUCCCUUUAAAAGUAUGACUGGCUUUCGACCACAAGAAUCGGUCUAAUAAAACUUCUUCCUUGAGGAUAUUACUAGUUAAAAUAAUAAAAAUCUCAAAAGCUAAUACUAUCUCUAAUCAAAUGAUAAUCCUUUCACAAAUAGCAGUGAAAGUCAGUAAAGCAAUAAUAAAGCAUCUCGAGGUGUGAUUAGUGAUCAAAGCAAGUCUAGAAAUGGCACUUCGGAUUUUAAAAACGAGAACAGUGAGAGUCAGAAGAGAUUACAGCUAACUCUUAAAAAAAUGAAAACAGAUAUAAUGGAUAAUAAAGUUGUCAUAGAGUAAGAUGAUGAAUGA